AUGCAUUCAUCCUCUGAUUGGGAAAGAACUUUACAAAGAAAACUUGAUUUGUUUGAAUAUUUAUUGCCUAAAGUUAAGAGCCUUGGACAUAGAGAUGCAAUUGCAUCUGCAAUUGUUUUCAACUUUUGUGCACUAUCAAUUUAUAUGAAUUGGAAUAUUCCACAAAUGGGACUGUCUACAGCAAAAACCACCUCUGAGGUAAAUAACUCAUUUUGUGUAAAUACAAAAUCAAAAUUUGCUACACAGAAAAAGGAAAAUUGA